AUGGAGCAGUACGACGAGAACAGCACGGUGAUCCAGGACCAGCACUUCCACGGCCCCAAGGACAACUUCUACAACACGACGGUGGAGAACAUCCGAUACGCGGAGGCUUCGUUUCUCGGGGUCAACUUCACGAACGUCGUGCUCAAUCACGUCGUUUUCGACAGUUGCUACCUGCAAGACUGCAAAUUCACCAACAUCCUCUCGUCCAAGACGUUCUUUCGCAACUCGACCCUCAUCCGACCGUACUUCUCCGAUACCGACAUCUAUGAGUACCGGUCAGUCCCAAUCUCGGCCGGGUAG